AUGGGGUACACACUCAUCAAAAUCCGCGAAGUAUGGCAUUUCCAGCAUAAACGGGGGGGUCUCUUAGCCCCUUACGUCGACACCUGGCUCCAAAUCAAGCAGGAAAGUAGCGGGUAUCCCGCCUGGUGUCAGACGGAAGAGCAAAAAGGCGACUAUCUUUGCCAGUAUAAAGAGCGUGAAGGAAUAGACCCGGAUCCUACCAUGAUCGCUAAAAACCCUGGGAGGAAAGCCACGGCCAAACUCAUGCUGAAUUCGUUCUGGGGCAAGUUUGGUCAGAAUUGUAAUAAAUGGAAAGCGUAUCAAAUCACACAUCCCGCCUCUCUUUUAAACCUGAUCGAUGACCCGCUGGAACAGGUACAAGGAAUCUUAUCCCCGGAACUGGUGGAAGUGGUGGCUAAACGAGAACACGAAGACCCUCCCGAAGGUCGGGCUACAAAUGUCUUUAUUGCCGCCUUCACCACGUGCCAGGAACGCCUUAAACUGUAUGAGUCACUGGAAAUUUUGCAAGAGCGCGUCCUCUAUUACGACACCGAUUCGGUGGUCUACAAGUGGAAGCCGGGAGAGACAGAAAUUGCUUUGGGAGAUUAUUUGGGCGAUAUGACCAACGAGUUAGACCAACGGGAUCAUAUCGUGGAAUUCAUUUCGGCGGGAGCCAAGAAUUAUGGGUACGUCACCGCUCAAGGAAAAUCUUGCAUAAAAGUCAAAGGGUUUUCAUUAAACGUGCGUGGUAUGGCGCAACUCACUUACGACGUCAUGAAACAAGACAUCUUGGACGAAAUACGUCACCCCCUGGAAGACCUGAGAAAAAUGGAUAUAGUGAACCCCCUGCAUUUUGUCCAUUAUCCCGUCAAGAAAAGGAUACGGACAGAAGCACGAGUCAAAUCAUAUCGACUCGUGUUUGUUAAGCGAGUCAUGGACAGUGGUAUAUUUAGGUCGUUUCCUUACGGAUACAAACGAUUACAUGCAGAGGAUAAAGAAUUCGUAAACCUUUUAGUGUAUUAA